UUAAGGCGCUUCCGCAUGAUUGAGCCAAUAACGGCGAUCGAUGCAGAUCAACGGGGGAAAAGGUUCUAGGAACUGCGUUACCGGUUUCUCAGAGCCUCCUUUGAGCAUGGCUAAAAGAAAGCAAACGUGCCGCCACUUGCCACAGUGCAGUUACCGAUCUGGAACGCAUGUACUAGCGAUGAACGCUGCUGUAGAAAAUAUGGAGCAAAAAGAGAGUGAAUUCAUAGAGGAACACGAAACAGGCGACCACAGUGUGGCUUCUGCGAAGGAUCUUUCGGAACAGGAAGACGAAUCAAGUGAUAACGAUUCCGGGGACGAAAGUACUUCGAGUGAGUCCAGCAGUGAUGAGCUGGCGAAAAUUAUCCGCUGGUCCAAGAGGCGUUCGUUUGCCGAUCGAGGAGGAGGCGAUGCGGAUGUCACUUAUGACUCAGACUGGAGUACGGAUACAGUGAUUGUGAACGAACGACCGUCCAACAAGGAAGCACUUGCAUCGCCGAAAGACGAGACUGUGUUGUGUGACGAAUUCGAUGCUACAGUAAUAAAACAGGAAAAACGCUUAACAGUGGAUCAGCAAUUGGAUUCCUUAUGCGAACAGAUGAAGGAGAUGAAAAUGGAGCACCAGGAUGACGAUAAAAGCGUCCAGAAAUCAGUUGAUCAAGUGACUUCUAGUAAUAUGUUUAAACGUAGCAGUGACAAUGACGACUUGGAUCUAGAGAGAGGAGAGAAAGCGAUCAGACAAAAGCAGAAGAAACAAAUCGCUCACGAAAUGUUCCAGGAAUGGUUGCAGGCGGAGUACAGACGGUGCGACGGUGAAAAUACCGAGCGCACGAUGCUUUGCCCGGAAGAAAUUGUUCCCGGUCACUAGUACCAACCGCUGUCACACUGUGAUUCAUUUCAUCCUAAUGGCUCUUUAUUCGACACACAUACACAGAUGGGUUUGUCAUUAAAUUUGGGAACCUUUUCUUGUUGUUUCUUUGUAACCAUUUUUAUCAAAUUAACAUUAUCACCACAUUUUAUCCAAUAAAAAAAACACCACGUACACACGCAUUAAACCUGGUAUCAUCACUAACUUGGUAUUUCGUUCGAAGAGGGCUUAUCACCGUUUGAGCAA